AUGCACUCCUUCCACAAGGCCGUCUACAAGCCCGACUCGAUGAGUACCGACGAGUUUAUCAUCAUCCUUGGAGACGUUGCGGCUGCUGAGAAGUGGAGGGGCGGUGACCGGUACGCUCUCCUCUUCCCCACCUCGUCACUCCCCCUCCCCGACCCACCCUCCCACGACGCCCAGCAAUUUUUCCACCUCUCCUGCUCCUCGCAUCGACGCCAUCUUGACCACCCACGAACCCUUUCGACGUUGCGAUCAAUCCGCGACCAGUUCCUGACCUCCGCUCGCUCGUUCCGUUCCGCACACAGCUCCAUCCCCCUCGUCGAAGUCGUCGACUCGUUCGACGUCUUCCACACGGGCCAAGGCUCGCAGGGAGUCUUGAGCCGCGCCAGCAAGCAGGAACUCGAGAACAUCUUCUCGACCACGAACGAGGACGAGAUUGUCCAGAUUGUCCUUGAGAAGGGCAGGAUCGUCUCGAGCAACACGCCGCACCAGUGGGCCGGAACGAACGACCAGCGCUCCGGCUCGUACCAGACCGCACACGGCGCCAACGCCGGCAAGUCGGGCCACGGCGGACGAUGA